UUACCCCUAUGUGAAUAUAAGUAUAUAGCAUUCUAUGUACGUACGUCUCUCUUCAACUUGUCUCUGAAAAUAAACUUUUUCUUCAGCUCUCUCUUUCUCAUUCUUCUUCAGCUAUGGCCAUGGUUACUGCAGAUACUGUUCGAACAAUCCUUGGUGUUCUAGGAAACAUUAUCUCACUCUGUGUGUUCCUAUCCCCAGUGCCAACUUUUAUUCAAAUAUGGAAGAAAAAGGCAGUGGAGCAAUACUCACCAGUACCAUAUCUUGCAACCCUAGUGAACUGCAUGGUGUGGAGCUUGUAUGGGCUGCCCAUGGUGCACCCAGAUAGCUUACCAGUCUUGACCAUUAAUGGGGCAGGCACUGGUAUCGAGAUAUUGUACAUAAUCAUCUUCUUAAUCUACACUGCUGAGAGGCAAAAGAGGCUCAGAGUUUUGCUUGUGCUGCUUAUUGAAGCCAUAUUCAUUACCGUUCUCACAGUUUUAGUUCUAACUGUAGCCCGUACUCUCAAGGUGCGGAGUAUGAUUGUCGGCAUCAUGUGCAUUAUGUUCAACAUCAUGAUGUAUGCUUCACCACUGGCUGUUAUGAAAUUGGUUCUUGCCACAAAAAGUGUGGAGUAUAUGCCCUUUUUCCUCUCCCUUGCUUGCUUUGCCAAUGGUGUUAUCUGGCUUGCUUAUGGUCUUAUCCGAUUUGACCCCUUUAUUGUUGUACCAAAUGGGAUAGGAACAUUGUUUGGUUUGGCCCAGCUGAUUCUUUAUGCCUUAUUCUACAAAUCAACAAAAAGACAGAUUGCAGAAAGGAAAAGCAAAGGAGAGGUGGACUUGUCUGGGGUGAUGGUGGUAGAUGGAGAGGACUCUAGGAAGGUAGGCAGUGCACCUCAGAAUGGUCGUCCAUGAGAGAUUCUCCCAUCACCAACCAUUGUUGGAUUGGAUGAAAUGACCCCAGAAAUAUAAGCUUAGCUAUUCCCAUAAUAAUAUCAAACUACCCAAAAAAAAAAAAAAAAAUUGUAGUUUUAUUUCUAUGUUCAGUGUUCACUAUCAUGUAGUUCACAUGUUACACUGAGUGGCAUGUCAACGGUCAUACUUCCUUACAAGCUAAUCAUAUUUUGUUAUUUUCCCUUUGAUUUC